AUGAGUGGCCACGUUGGAGACCUCAGCCCCAAGCAGGCAGAGACCCUGGCCAAGUUCCGAGAAAAUGUCCAGGACGUGCUACCUGCCCUUCCCAACCCUGAUGACUACUUCCUUCUGCGCUGGCUCCGAGCUCGGAACUUUGACCCGCAGAAAUCAGAAGCCAUGCUCCGCAAGUACAUGGAGUUUCGGAAGGCCAUGGACAUUGACCACAUUCUUGAUUGGCAGCCUCCAGAGGUGAUCCAGAAGUACAUGCCUGGGGGCCUAUGUGGCUACGACCGUGACGGCUGUCCUGUGUGGUACGACAUCAUUGGGCCGCUCGACCCCAAGGGGCUGCUCUUCUCUGUCACCAAACAGGACCUGCUCAAGACCAAGAUGAGGGACUGUGAGCGUAUCCUGCAUGAGUGUGACCUGCAGACUGAGCGGCUGGGGAGGAAAAUUGAGACCAUCGUGAUGAUAUUUGACUGCGAGGGCCUGGGCUUGAAGCACUUCUGGAAACCUCUGGUGGAAGUGUACCAGGAGUUCUUUGGUCUCCUUGAAGAGAAUUACCCAGAGACCCUGAAGUUCAUGCUCAUCGUGAAAGCCACCAAACUGUUUCCUGUGGGUUACAAUCUCAUGAAGCCCUUCUUGAGUGAAGACACCCGAAGAAAAAUCAUAGUGCUUGGGAACAACUGGAAGGAAGGUUUGCUGAAACUUAUCAGUCCCGAGGAACUGCCUGCCCAGUUUGGGGGAAACCUGACUGACCCAGAUGGAAAUCCCAAAUGUUUAACCAAGAUCAACUAUGGUGGGGAGAUUCCCAAGUCUAUGUAUGUGAGGGAUCAGGUGAAGACUCAGUAUGAGCACUCAGUGCAGAUUAGCCGUGGCUCCUCACACCAGGUGGAGUAUGAGAUCCUGUUUCCAGGAUGUGUCCUCAGGUGGCAGUUCUCAUCAGAUGGUGCAGAUAUUGGCUUUGGGAUUUUCCUGAAGACCAAGAUGGGGGAGCGGCAGCGAGCAGGCGAGAUGACAGAGGUGCUGCCCAGCCAGCGCUAUAAUGCCCAUAUGGUGCCCGAAGAUGGGAGCCUCACCUGCUCGGAAGCUGGCGUCUAUGUCCUGCGCUUCGACAACACCUACAGCUUUGUUCACACCAAGAAGAUCAGCUUCACAGUGGAGGUGCUGCUCCCGGACGAAGGCAUGCAAAAAUAUGACAAGGAGCUCACCCCCAUCUAGAC